AUGGGAACCACCCCCCUCCCAGCUAAAGUAGUUGAAAGGAAGAUUCACCAACCAUCGGACUUCUCAGGGGAUCGUCUCGAGGCCAGUGCCUUCCUGAACAUCUGUAGGACGUACCUCCGCGUCAACAAGGAUGCUUACACUGAUGAUGAGGACAAGGUGAUCUUUGUCCUGUCAUUUAUGGUGGGAGGAACGGCAGCCCCUUGGAGGGAAGCACGAGAGGAAGAUGCCUUCACCGUUGUAAGUGGCAAGGAGAAGGGAUUUGGGACCUUCAACGACUUCGUCACGGAAUUCAAGAAGGCGUUUGAACCCCUCUCUCCUACCUCCGACGCCAUCACCAAGCUCAAAGCCCUGAAGCAAACAGGCCUUGCAGAGGACUACGUCGCCCUCUUCCGACCCCUCGCAGCACGUUCAGGGGUCAAGGAAUUAGAAGUCCUGUCGGACUACUUCUUGUCUGGACUGUCCGCUGGCCUAGUCCGAAACAUCCUCUCUGCACAAACACUCCCCACCGACAUAGAAGGGUACUACACCUUAGCGGUUAGGUUGGACCUGCAGUGGCGUAAAGCCACCGAAUAUGCAAAGGCCUACCAAACCGUCCCAGUCGAC